AUGAUUUGCCAACGGGGAACCUCAAGCAUCGCCGAGCGCCGCCCCGACGGCGCCGCCCUGACACCAUUCGCGCUCUGUCUCGCGAAGCACCUCGCCGCCGCCACCUGCGGCGCUAACCCGGCCUUCUCGCCGCUGUCCGUCUACGCGGCGCUCGCGCUGGUCGCUGCGGGCGCGCGCGGCCGCACGCUCCAGGAGAUCCUGGCCGCCCUCGGUGCACGCUCCCGCGAUGAGCUCGCCGUGCUCGUCGCCGCCGUGGUACGGAGCGCGAUCGCGGACCAGUCGCGGUCGGGCGGCCCGGCCGUCGCGAACGCGACGGGCAUGUGGCACGAUGCUACGUGCGUGAUCCGGCCGGGCUUCCGCGACGCCGCCGCCGCUUCCUACAAGGCCGAGACGCGCGUUGUCGACUUUCGCAAUGAGCCGGAGAAAGCAGUCUGCCAAAUCAACAGCUGGGUGCCCGCGGCCACGAACAACCUCAUCGACUCCAUCCUCGCUCCGGCAUCGCUUGAGAAAAACACGAGCCUCGUCCUCGCCAACGCCAUCUACUUCAAGGGCAAGUGGGACGAGCCCUUCGACAAGGACGACACCGUCGUGGACAAGUUGUACCGCCUCGACGGCAUCGCCGCCGCCGGCGCGCGCUUCAUGCGUUCACGGUCGAGCCAGUUCAUCAGCGUUCGCGACGGGCUGAAGGUGCUCAAGCUCCCGUACGAAUCGUCGCCGCCGCUGCGGCCGUGGCAUCAGGGACUGGGUCCGGGAGGCUGGCCCAACGCGACGGCUGCUGGCCAACAAGUCUCGCGGUACUCCAUGUACGUCUUCCUGCCGGACGAGCGCGACGGCCUGCCGGACCUCGUCGACAGGAUCACGACCAUGCCGGGGUUCUGGCGCUACGGCCUGCCGGAGACGCGGGUGCCCGUCGGAGAGUUCAGGCUGCCCAAGUUCAAGCUUUCCUUCUCGGGUAGCCUAACGGGCGUCCUCAGGGACGGCAUGGGGAUCAGAGCCGCCUUGAACGCUGGACAGGCCGACCUGUCCGACAUGGCGGUGGUGGACGAGGACGACGGCUCCGGCAUGCCGUUGUUCGCCGACGAGGUCUGCCACAAGGCGGUGAUCGAGGUGAACGAAGAGGGCACCGAGGCGGCGGCAGCCACCUUCAUGUUGUGCGGCGCUACAUGCCCGCCGGGGCCACCGAGGAGAGUGGACUUCGUCGCCGACCACCCCUUCACGUUCUUUGUCGUCGAGGAGGUGUCCGAAGCAAUCUUGUUUGUCGGGCAUGUCCUUGACCCAACAAAAUACUAGUUGAUUACCACCAGGUGUCCUAUGACCGGUAUAAAACCUAGAACUUUGUCAAUCAGAAAAA